CGGUUUCAUCUCUUCCUUUCUCUCGCUCCUCCCUCUCUGAACCUCCGGUUUCUCACCACCACUACCCUUUUUAACAACUAGAGAGUUCUGCUCUCUGAUGAGUCCCGUUGGAGUGCAGGUGCUACGGCAGUUCUAGUCGACACCUGUGUGUUUUCUUGUCAUCCCUGAAUAAACAUUCUCUUUAUAUUUCUUAUUGAUAUUCCACUGCUGAGCUCCCGCCAGCUCUUCGCUCUCCCCUCUCCCCUCUACUCAAUCGAUUUCACGCUCCCGCGCGUGACGGAAAAAAAUCCCGCACAAUGCUCCGGACUACUGCCGUAAAGGCGGCCAGUGGCAGCUUGUCGCGCGGCUCGACCUGCUCAUCGUGCCGGAGAUCUUUCUCUCUUGCCUCGAAUGUUGCUCGGAAUUCUAACGGCUCGAAAUUCGGUGUUGCGACCAGGAGACCUCUCGCUGUUGUGGACCGUUUGGCUGGUGGUUAUGGCCGGAGACACUAUGCUGCUUCUGCUGAGGAAUUGGAAAAGGGCGUGGAUCCCAAUGAUUCCUUCCUGUCCGGCAACACCGCCAACUAUAUCGAUGAGAUGUACGUGGCAUGGAAGAACGAUCCAUCCAGCGUCCACAUCUCGUGGCAGACCUACUUCAAGAACAUGGAGAACGGCAACAUGCCUGUCUCCCAGGCUUUCCAGCCCCCUCCGACUCUUGUCCCGACACCGACGGGUGGUGUGCCCCAACAAAUGCCCGGUGAGGGCUUGGGCUUGAGCGGCAGCCCCGAAGUCACUAACCACUUGAAGGUUCAGCUUUUGGUGCGCGCUUACCAGGCCCGUGGUCACCACAAGGCCAAGAUCGACCCUCUUGGUAUCCGUGGUGAGGCUGAGGCUUUCGGUUACAGCAAGCCCAAGGAGCUUGAGCUCGACCACUACGGUUUCACUGAGCGUGACCUCGACCAGGAGUUUACUCUUGGACCUGGUAUUUUGCCCCGCUUCUCUACUCCCGAUCGCAAGAAAAUGACCCUGCGUGAGAUCGUCGCUACCUGCGAGCAGAUCUACUGUGGCUCCUACGGUGUCGAGUACAUCCAUAUUCCUGACCGCAAGCCCUGUGACUGGAUCCGUGACCGCUUCGAGGUUCCUCAGCGCUACCAGUACUCUGUGGAUGACAAACGCCGCAUCCUUGACCGUCUGAUCUGGUCGCACAGCUUCGAGUCCUUCCUGGCCACCAAAUUCCCCAACGACAAGCGUUUCGGUCUUGAGGGUUGUGAAUCUCUCGUUCCCGGUAUGAAGGCCCUGAUUGACCGUAGCGUUGACUACGGUAUCAAGGACAUUGUCAUCGGUAUGCCUCACCGUGGUCGUCUCAACAUCCUUUCCAACGUUGUCCGUAAGCCCAAUGAGUCGAUCUUCAGCGAAUUCGCCGGUUCGACUGAACCCUCUGACGAGGGCUCUGGUGACGUCAAGUACCACUUGGGUAUGAACUUCGAGCGUCCCACGCCCUCCGGCAAGCGCGUCCAGCUCUCCCUGGUCGCCAACCCGUCUCACUUGGAAGCUGAGGACCCCGUCGUGCUCGGAAAGACCCGCUCCAUCCAGCACUACAACAACGACGAAACCGAGUUCAACAGCGCCAUGGGUGUUCUGCUGCACGGUGAUGCUGCUUUCGCCGCUCAGGGUGUUGUUUACGAGACUAUGGGAUUCCACUCCCUCCCCGCCUACUCGACCGGUGGUACCAUUCACAUUGUCGUGAACAACCAGAUCGGUUUUACCACUGACCCCCGUUUCGCUCGUUCCACCCCCUACUGCUCGGACAUCGCCAAGUCGAUCGACGCCCCCGUCUUCCACGUGAAUGGUGACGAUGUCGAGGCCGUCAACUACAUUUGCCAGGUUGCCGCUGACUGGCGUGCCGAGUUCAAGCGCGAUGUCAUCAUUGACAUUGUUUGCUACCGUAAGCAGGGCCACAAUGAAACCGACCAGCCUUCGUUCACCCAGCCCUUGAUGUACAAGCGCAUUGCCGAGCAGAAGAACCAGAUCGACAAGUACGUCGAGAAGCUGAUUGCUGAGGGGAGCUUUACCAAGGAGGACAUUGACGAGCACAAGAAGUGGGUCUGGGGAAUGCUCAACGACAGCUUCGACCGCAGCAAGGAUUACCAGCCCACUAGCAAGGAAUGGCUCACCUCAGCCUGGAACGGCUUCAAGACCCCCAAGGAGCUGGCCACCGAGGUCCUUCCUCACCUUGACACCGCGGUUGAGCCUGAGCUCUUGAAGCACAUUGCCAGAACCAUUAGCGAUGGGCCCGAGAGCUUCACUCUCCACCGCAACCUCAAGCGUAUCUUAUCCAACCGCCAGAAGGUUGUUGAAGAGGGCAAGGGCAUUGACUGGGCCACUGCUGAGGCUCUUGCUUUCGGUUCCCUUGUCGACGAGGGUUACCACGUCCGUGUUUCCGGUCAGGAUGUUGAGCGUGGUACGUUCUCUCAACGUCACGCUGUCCUGCACGACCAGGCUACUGAGGGUACCUACACUCCUUUGCAGCACAUUAGUGACAAGCAGGGUAGCUUUGUCAUCUCCAACUCUUCCCUGAGUGAAUUCGGAGCCCUUGGUUUCGAAUACGGUUAUUCUUUGACCUCGCCUAACGCUUUCGUCAUGUGGGAGGCUCAGUUUGGUGACUUUGCCAACAACGCUCAGUGUAUUAUUGAUCAGUUCAUUGCUGCUGGUGAAUCGAAGUGGCUGCAGCGUUCUGGUCUUGUUCUUUCUCUGCCUCACGGUUACGAUGGCCAGGGUCCUGAGCACUCUUCGGGCAGAAUGGAGCGUUGGUUGCAGCUCUGUAACGAGGAGCCCCGCGUGUACCCCUCUCAGGACAGACUUGACCGCCAGCACCAGGACUGCAACAUGCAGGUUGUCUACAUGACCAGCCCUGCUAACAUGUUCCACAUGCUCCGUCGCCAGAUCCACCGCCAGUUCCGCAAGCCUUUGAUCAUGUUCUUCUCCAAGUCGCUCCUGCGUCACCCCAUUGCUCGCUCUGAUCUCUCCGAGUUCACUGGCGACUCUCACUUCCAGUGGAUCAUCCCCGACCCCGCUCACGGCACCGCCAUUGACGAGCCCGAGAAGAUUGAGCGUGUGAUUCUCUGCUCUGGUCAGGUGUACGCCACUCUGAUCAAGCACCGUGAGGCCAACAACAUCCGCAACACUGCCAUCACCCGUAUCGAGCAGCUGCACCCCUUCCCCUGGGCUCAGCUCAAGGAGAACCUUGACAGCUACCCCAACGCCCAGAACAUCGUCUGGGCUCAGGAGGAGCCUUUGAACGCCGGUGCCUGGUGUUUCACCCAGCCCCGUAUCGAGACCCUGCUGAAUGCUACCGAGCACCACAACCGCCGCCACGUCCUCUACGCCGGUCGUGCCCCUAGCGCAUCGGUUGCCACCGGUCUCAAAUCUGUGCACAUCAAGGAAGAGCAGGAAUUCCUUGAGGAUGCAUUCUCUAUCCACCAGGACCGCUUGAAGGGCGAGUGAAUGUAACAUAACAAUAUCUGUCAUUCCAUUACAUUUCAAUUUCCUUUUUCAUCCUUAUUUUUCCAUUUCCGUUUUCUAUCUGUUGGGUUUGGUGAAGGAGGCAAUUGAAGGGUUAUAUUAAGUACAUUUGUUUGAUUACUACAUCUUAAACGCCUUUUUUUGUGGGACUAGGCUAGCGUCGACUACUUUGCUAUUCUUUUGUUUUUUUUUCUUUUUCUUUUUGUUGCAUGUGAGUAUGGUCUGGCCUGACCUGGCAUCUGACUACCUAAGAGGUGCGUAUUGUAAAUUAUUGUGGUCAAUUUAGCGUGGUCAUUCUACAACAGUAGAUUACCCACGAGACUUCCCUGAUUAUGAAUAGGAUUAUUCAUAACGUAAUUCACAAGCGAGUGGGCCACCAAACGCGAAACGCGUCGGUUUUAUAUACCCUUCUUUCUUCAA